UGUUUUUGUUGAACCCAGAUAUUACAUUUUUCACCCAUUUGGAUAUUUCUUUUACACAUACACAUUGUUCCUUCUUCUUCUUCUUCUUCUUCUUCAUCUUCAAAUCAGAUUCAUGGGUGUAGAUUACUAUAAAGUCCUUCAGAUAGAUCGAAAUGCAAAAGAUGAUGAUCUCAAGAAAGCUUAUCGGAAACUUGCUAUGAAAUGGCAUCCUGAUAAGAACCCUAAUAACAAGAAAGAUGCUGAAGCCAAAUUCAAGACAAUCUCUGAAGCUUAUGAUGUUUUGAGUGAUCCACAAAAGAGAGCUGUGUAUGAUCAAUAUGGUGAGGAGGGGUUGAAGGGGCAGAUGCCUCCCCCAGGUGCAGGUGGGUUUUCUGACGGUGGUGAUGGUGGGCCGACGAUGUUCCGUUUCAACCCGAGAAGUGCAGAUGACAUAUUUUCCGAGUUCUUCGGGUUUCAAAGACCAUUUGGCGGUGGAAUGGGUGAUAUGGGUGGUCAUCCUGGUGCAUCUGGCUUUCCGAGGGGAAUGUUUAGGGAUGACCUUUUCUCUUCUUUUAGGAAUUCGGCCGGUGAAGGAUCUGCCAAUGUGAUGAGAAAAAGUGCACCGAUUGAGAGAACAUUGCCUUGCAGUUUGGAGGAUUUGUAUAAAGGGACCACCAAAAAAAUGAAGAUUUCCAGGGAUGUUACUGAUUCUAGUGGGAAGCCUACUACAGUUGAGGAAAUUCUAACAAUUGAGAUCAAGCCAGGUUGGAAGAAAGGAACAAAGAUUACUUUUCCGGAGAAGGGAAAUGAACAGAGAGGACUUAUACCUGCAGACCUUGUUUUUAUUAUCGACGAGAAGCCUCAUACUGUCUUCAAGAGGGAUGGCAAUGAUCUUGUUGUUACGCAGAAGAUCUCUCUUGUAGAAGCUCUGACAGGUUACACUGCACAAAUAACUACCCUUGAUGGGAGGAAUCUUACGGUCCCCGUCAACACCAUCAUUAGUCCAUCUUAUGAAGAAGUUAUUAAAGGAGAGGGUAUGCCAAUUCCUAAGGAACCUUCCAAAAAGGGAAACUUGAGAGUCAAGUUCAACGUCAAGUUUCCAUCGAGACUUACAUCAGAGCAGAAGACCGGCAUCAAGCGAUUAUUGACAUCUUCGUAAACACGGGUUGUGGCACCUCUCCUCGCCAUAAAUGAAGAUGUGUUAGAUUUGGAAUUUAAUUUUAUUUGCGGUUUUCAAUCAAUUGGAAAUUCGUGACUUCUGUGAACUAGUUUUUAACUAGGAACAAUUUAUUAGAAGUUUGAUAUUUGUUUGUUGUUUCAUAUUUUAUUUAGUUUCUGGUUUUCUGAGUGAAUAAUUCUCUUAAUCACUGGCCUGUUUAUUUAUGUGAAAAGUUUUGGUGGAACUCAAUGACUCUGUGUUUGCAUAUUUGGAUAUCUAUAUUACUUGCUUUUCAUUUUUAUCA